UGCUGCUCCCUCCUCCUCCUCCUCCUCCUCCUCCGCUGCCUGAUUUCAUUCUCUCUAGAGCCGAGCUGCAUCCCAAGGAUACUGGCGCUGUAAUCCCGAGCACCAUCCCCACCCGCUCUGCCUGCUAAACUGGAAGAAGAAAUAUACUUCGCUUGCUAGUACCGUCUUGCUCCUCGGGAAGGGCAGGGAGCCAGGAAGAUGGACCCAGCAGGACUUGGGCACCCGGAAGAGAAAGGGGACACUGGCAGCAAAGCAACCAGCGCUGGAGGACAGCCAAAACCAGAGACUUGGGAAGAUACCAAAGCCUUUUAUGCCAACCUCUCCCCACAGAAGAAACCCAAAUCGCCAAAGCCACAAAAUGCCAUCACAAUUGCUGUGUCCUCCCGAGCUUUAUUCCGUAUGGAAGAGGAGCAGAAGAUCUACAGUGAGCAAGGCGUGGAGGCUUAUGUCAAAUACCAGCUGGAUCAUGAGAGCGAGCCCUUCUUGCCUGGAGCAGCUUUUCCUUUUGUCAAGGCUCUGGAAGCUGUCAACACCAAACUGCGGGAACUGUACCCAGACAGUGAGGAACUCUUUGACAUCGUCCUUGUCACCAACCACCAUGCCCAAGUGGGAGUUCGUCUAAUCAAUACCAUCAACCACUACAACCUGUUCAUUGAGCGGUUCUGCAUGACAGGCGGGAACAGCCCCAUCGGCUACCUGAAGGCCUACCAUACCAACCUGUACCUGUCGUCCGACUGUGAGAAAGUGAGUGAAGCCAUAGAAGAGGGGAUUGCCGCCGCCACUAUCUUCAGUCCAAACACAGAUGUGCAGAUCUCUGAGGACCAGCUCCGCGUGGCCUUUGAUGGGGACGCUGUCCUUUUUUCGGAUGAAUCCGAGCAGAUAGUGAAAGCUCAGGGUCUCGACAAGUUCUUUGAACAUGAGAAAGAGCAUGAGAACAAACCACUGGCUCAGGGACCUCUGAAAGGCUUCUUGGAAGCCCUCGGGAAGCUCCAGAAGAAGUUUUACUCCAAGGGCCUCCGCCUGGAAUGUCCCAUCCGCACCUACCUCGUCACCGCUCGUAGUGCUGCCAGUUCGGGGGCCCGAGCUCUAAAGACUCUCCGGAGCUGGGGGCUUGAAACGGAUGAAGCCCUCUUUCUAGCAGGGGCCCCCAAGGGCCCUCUGCUGAAAAAGAUCCGCCCGCAUAUCUUCUUUGAUGAUCAGAUGUUCCAUGUUGAGGGAGCAAAGGAGAUGGGCACGAUUGCAGCCCACGUCCCCUACGGGGUGGCACAGAAACAUAGGCGCGCAGCACAGGGGAAACAGACCCAGAACAGCAAGUAGUCACAGACGGCAGAAUGGGCUGGGACAGCCUUUGGAUACUUCGAGAUUAAAGUCUCUCUUGGGAGAUGAAAAAGAGGGAGCACCCCCCACAACUGGAACCAAAGGUGUUCAGAUAGCCAGUGUUGUGUCUUAUUUGGCUACGCUGCUGGGAGGGAAAGCCUUCCUUCCACUUGUGUUUUUGCACUUUGUGGACCUGUUAUUCUUCUCUCACCUGAGCUCCUGUGCCAUUCACACCUCUCUCGUGCCCAUUCUAGCUUUUGACACUUGCUUGUUGCUAAGACAGGCAGUUACUAGUUAUUACGCUGCAUGGCAAACAUUUAAUAACUUGUAGGCAAUGCCUGAGGAAGUCUCAGACUUCAUCAGCUGUUGUUUUGAACAGCAGGGCUGGCUAUGGAGUGGGGAGAGGUGAGGCUGAACGCAGGCCCCGAGUCCCCCAACUACAGGGCCAUUCUCACUUUGCAUGGAGCUCUCCCACAGGCCGGAGCCCAUGCAAGAGAAUCCUUGGCGCCUCUUCCAAGUUAAGGGCCCCCUGGAAAGUGCCUUGGUCCUGGAACUGUCUGCAAAACGAGGCUCGUGGCGUACUUGUGGGGCUCAAAAUGGGGUCUCUGUGUUCCAUACAACUCCCUCCUCAAAGCUUACAAAAGCAGAUGCAAAAUACUUGGGUAGGGAUACUUUGGCUUCAUAUGGUACAGGCCAAAGGAGCUGGCUUUUCUUGGCAAAUACGGUAUUCUGAUUUUUUUUAAACACAGUGAUGUGUGCCAGCCUUCACCUUGGGCAACUCAGUAGCAGAAGGGAGGAAAUCCAGAAGCUUUUCCUCAAAAGAGGUUGGUGUGAAGUUGACUAGAAGCCAAGUUUUGGCUGCAGGGUGAAAGAUGUGCAUGGCGGAGUGGAUGACUCCUUGUUCCCUCUGCUGUUGAGAGAUUCCUGUUGCCUCUGGAGAUGUAGAAGGUAGGAAAGACUGUGCACAGAGGCACACUGGAUAAAUCAGGGCAUCUCCAUAAAAAAAAUUUACUUAUAGGUUGAGGAUAAAUAAGUUGGGCGCAGAAUGUCCCCUUGCCUGCCCCCACCAAAUUCAGGCUGUCGAGAAGUUUUAGUAAAUAAAAACAGUGCUUAAUUAAUGUGGUACAGCCAAAAAGGACUGGUCUUGGCCAUCAAGAAGACAUUAAAUCUCAGUCCUGAAACUUACUGGGUAGCCUUGGAUUAGUUACUUGCCUGCCUUGCAGGGUUGUUCUGUGGAUAGGUGAUGUCUAUGGCACUCUGAGUUUUUUUGGAGGAAAGCUGGGAUACAGAUGUGAUGGAUAAAUAAAACCUGGAAUCUUUGAAACGCUUCUUGGAGCUUUUUGGCUGUUGCCACCUGUUUGGGUUUUUUGCACUUGUCUUUGAAGCAGUUUUGAAGGCUGUGGCUUGACCUGUUUGUAACUGUUUUUGCAGUUCUCCUCCUGUGCUCAUGGGCUGUGCUGGAAUUGUAUUCCAUUGGGUCAGUAACCCAUAAAAAACCCACUGGUGGGGUCACACCAGUUGUCAGUGGUCACAUCUAGGCCAGUAUCCUGUCUCAUACUGUGGAC